CUUAAUUAACUUAGUGUUCAAUUUUCUUUGCUGGUUAUUGUAAAGGCAAUAAAAAUUGUAGUAAAUAUAAAUAUUAAAUGAAAUAAUGAAGAAUAGUAAUGUAGCAUGAGCAUUACCUGGAGGUUGUGAAUGCCAUAAAGAAAAGUAAAUGAUGGAGUAAUAAAGAGUAGGAUGAAUGCAUCUUUAAUUGCAAUACAAGAAUCUAAUUCUUUUUGCUAAAAUCCCCGUCUCUUCCUACUAUUUCUUCCGUUUUCUUCCAAAUCUCCAGCCUUCUUUAUCUGCACCUUUUUUUCUUUUUUUUUUCUUUUCCACUUACUUGAUUUUAGAUAGAUUUUGUGUUUAAAUAUGUAUCUGAGACGUUUUUUAGAUGGAUUUUGUGGUUCAGGUAUGUAUUUGAUACUUUUUCCAACUAGGAGUGCUUACAAUUAGAAUAUCAAUUGUUAUCCCUCCUUUAGGUUAUUUUUCCUAUUUUUAUCAAUUUUAGUUGGGAUGUUGUAUUGUUGAUCUUUGUUUCAGGCUUUUCCAAUUGAAUUAUUGUAAUUGAAUUUUAAAUGUGCUUAGAGUGUUAGUUUCUGGUUUUUCUUCUUUCCUUUUUUUUUUGUUUUGUUAUAUUUCAAAUUUAUUGACUUUAGGUUUUUUGUUUUUUGCAAAUUGGUCGGUGUGUGAAUUUAUCGGAUCUGAAUUAUUUCAUUUUAAUCUUAUGGAAAAGAAAACACAGAGGAUGCAACACCUAUAAAGAUCCAAAAUCCGCAAGUAGCUAUUGUAUCUUGCUUUUUCGUCAUAAUGUUGUGCUCACAGUGUUUGUGUUUGUGCACAUAUAUAAAACUAUUUUUUGUUAAAUUCAUAAACCUUUUAGUGAAGUUUAGCCCAAUAUUACAUUAAUGGAUGAUGUAUUUUUGUUUAUCUUGAUGUACUUAUAAUUUUUUAAAACAUUCAUUGCAAUUCUAAAAUUACAUGAUUAAAUAAAAUGUAUGACAUUCAUACAUGUUGUGCUUGGCAAUUUUCAUUUUCUUAUUCAUUAUUUUCUUUCGUGUAGGAAUAUAUAUUAAAAAGAAUGAGCCUUCUAAAGUUUUUGCCUUGAUUGUUUGGAAGUUACUUUGUUUAUUAUUCUUGAAAUUAAUAAAAUGAUCACAUAUACACAAAAUAUAAUAGAGAUGCACUAAAUUUUUUUUUACAUUUGUGUUACGUUUUUGCUUUCAAUAUCUUAGAAGUGAUGCUCCACAAUUUCUAUUUAGAACUUUAAAAGCAAUAUCUUCUCUCAUUUUCUUACAUCUUAUACUUUUUCUGAAUCCAAAAUACUAAAGAAGAGAGUGAAUGAAUAAAUAAUACUAAGGAUGAAAACGAAUAAGAAAAGGAUAAAACUAAGCCUUGUGGUGAUAUUUUUAUAUUUACUCUUGAAAUUAAUAUUAUAUCAUAGUUUUCCAAAAAAUAAAUAUAACAAUGCAUAAGAAACUAUAUGUUGUAUUUAAUUUUUUAAGUUCAGUAUCUUAUACCAUAAGAAAUAUAACAUAUUUAUAGCUUUUUUAUUUUCUAAAUUGAAUUAUUCAAUUCUGCUAAUAUCAUUUUUGUUUACUAUGAUACAAGAUAUCAUCCAAUUAUCGUAAGUGGCAUAACAAGGAACAACACAAUAGAUAAUAUUUUAUUUUUUGUUAAAAUAUAUUAUCUAAUUAAUUAAUUAUCUAAAUUUAUUUCCAUAAAUCAAGAAUUUUGCAUUAUAAUUUAAAAUUUUAUAUUAAUAUUCUUGAAAAGGAAUAUAGUGUAUAUUAUGAAGUCGAAAGUUCUAUGCCUCCAUAUUACAUAGAAAAAGUAAAGCUUGAUUUAAAAAAAAAAAAUCAAUCUUGAGACUGCAAUUAUAUUAGGGAAGAUAAAAUUGAUCAAAGAAUAACUAUUAAAUAUUUAUUAUAAUAAUUAUUUGGUCAUAACUGAUUUUUUACGAUCGCGCGAAUUGCGAGCAAAUUCACUAGUUCAUUUAUAAAGUGAUGUUAUUUAUGACUGCGCGAAGCGCAAGCAAGUUUUUCAGUUUAAAAUUCAAAGAGUUGAAAUAACAAGCUUAUUUUUUACUUUUAACAGUCUUACUGUUAUUUCAAUCAGUUUAGUAGAAAAAGAGCUUUUUUAUUUUCACCUCCAGCACUUCAAUCCAAACGUGUAACUAUUAUAGUACUGCUCCAGUAAGAAGUUUGUGAGGUGCCGCUGCAACUUGGAUUAUCUUAGAAUAAGAGGAGCUGUCUUAUUUAAUCAUAUAUAUAUGUAACUCUUCAAUGUUACAUUUUCAAAAAAAUAUACAUGUAACUCCAAAACACUUAAAAUUACGUUUCAGUCACUUAAAAGCUACUUAAAUUCAUCUAACCCAAACAGGCUUUGCUGCAAGAAGCUAGACUAACAAAUAUGUGUGUUUCCAUUCCCUUCUCCAAAUAUUUUUUUUCCCAAUAAAUUAUCAAAAGGAAAAAAUAAUAAGAGAAGGAAAAAAGUUCCCAUUCCCGUAAAUUGUACUUCCUCUUUUCUUUUUUUUCCACAAAGGAAAAGCUGAAAGUAAAGUUAAAAAUCCACAACAAUAGAGAUAAACAUUGGCCAUAAUUUCUUGAGUCCUUAUGGUGUGUGAGCUUGCAAUCGAAGGUUGCUGAUGUUGUUGGGUUCAAUUCUCGCCAUUUCCAUACGUGUUCCUUGUCUUUGAGCUGGUGUGGAGACGUCGGUGUGAGCUUAGAUCUUGUCUUUGUGAGCUUAAUCUUGCUGAUGUUGCCCUUGAUGUUACGAUUUGUACUCCCGUUCCCAGUUUAGGGGUCCCUAUUGUUGAUCUUUUGAUAUAAUUCUAUUUCAGAAGGUGAAUUUCAGGGAUCUUAGAUUUCGUUUUAGAGGAUAAAAAAGCGAAAAUAAUCCGUAACUCCAGCAACGUAUAGUGUAAUUGCAAUAUGACAAAUUGGCUUGUGCUCAGUGCUGUUAUUACCGUAACAACGGUAAUUGCUCAAGCAGUAAGAUUAGUGUUAAUGGUAAUCAACGGGUGGAGAAACAGAAAGAAGGCUGUUGGGGUCUUCCACCCAUACACCAACGAUGGAGGUGGUGGAGAACGAGUCUUGUGGUGCGCCGUGAAAGCAAUCCAAGAUGAAAACCCAAAUCUAGAUUGUGUCAUAUAUACAGGAGAUCAUGAUGCUUCUCCUGACAGCCUUACUGGUCGUGCCCUUGAUCGAUUUGGAGUCAAAUUAAUACACCCUCCUAAGUUACGUCAGGUGGUCCAUCUGCAUAGGAGAAAGUGGGUCGAAGAAACCACUUACCCUCGUUUCACAAUGAUUGGUCAAAGCUUUGGAUCGAUUUACCUUGCUUGGGAAGCUUUGUGCAAAUAUACACCUUUAUAUUACUUUGAUACCAGUGGAUAUGCUUUUACUUAUCCAGUUGCCCGUGUAUUUGGAUGCAAAGUUUUUUGCUAUACUCAUUAUCCAACUAUCAGUUUAGACAUGCUGUCUCGUGUUCGUGGGCGCAGCUCAAUGUACAACAAUGAUUCUUUGAUUGCCAAGAGUGCGCUACUAUCCCGGUUCAAGGUCAUUUAUUAUACAUUGUUUAGCUGGCUGUACAGCAUCGUUGGUUCUUGUGCACACCUUGCAAUGGUUAAUUCUUCAUGGACUCAAUCUCAUAUCGAGAAGUUGUGGGGAAUAGGAGCUCGAAUUAGGCGUGUGUAUCCUCCUUGUGAUACUUCUAGGCUCCAGGCGCUUCCACUGGAAAAGUCAAUGAAGCCUCCGAAGAUAGUAUCUGUGGCUCAGUUCCGUCCAGAGAAGGCACACCCACUCCAACUUGAGGCGUUUGCAGUUGCCCUCAAAAAGUUGGACCAAGAUCUGCCAAGGCCGAAAAUCCAACUAGUGGGUAGUUGUAGGAAUGAAGCAGAUGAGAAAAGGUUGCAAAAUUUGAAGGACCUAGCAAUUAAACUGAAUGUGGAUGAUCAUGUUGAGUUCCAUAAGAAUGUCUUGUACAGUGAUUUGAUCAGACUUCUGGGUGGUGCUGUAGCUGGAAUCCAUUCCAUGACAGAUGAGCACUUCGGCAUAAGUGUGGUGGAAUACAUGGCUGCUGGCGCUAUACCAAUUGCACAUAAUUCAGCUGGGCCAAGGAUGGACAUUGUGUUACCAGAAGAUGGAAAGAAAACUGGAUUUCUUGCCCAGAGUGUAGUGGAAUAUGCUGAAGCCAUCAUUGAAGUCAUUAAGAUGACAGAGAAUGAGAGGCUGGAGAUGGCUGCUGCUGCUAGGAAACGAGCCUCCAUGUUUUCAGAGCAAAGGUUUUAUGAAGAUUUUAAGGCUGCUGUACGACCAAUCUUUUAUGAUGGUACCAAAUGAUUACAAAAUCUUUAUUUCCGUAAAGAUCAAUUUUGUUUCACCAUAGUUAGACUUUGUCUUAUAUAUAUAUAUAUAUAUAUAUAUAUAUAUAUUUUUUUUUUUUUUUUUUGUUGUUGUUGUUAGUUUUCCUUGUAUUUUAAUUUUAUAAAUUUUAGUUUUGAUUGUAUUUGUGCUCUGCGGCUUCGACCUUAAAGUUACUGAUUGAAAGAAAGAGAUUUUGCCUCCAGUUUGGCGGUUAGAAUUGAAGAAA